AUGCAAAAACAUCUUAAGAGUAUACAUUUUGUUAAACAAUGUAAAGAAUAUUCAGUACCGAGACAUCGCAAGAGAGAGUAUUUUAAAUUCUACACAGUUGUUGAUUGGCAUUUUCAUGUUUGUUGUAAUCAUUUAUUAUUCACAAAUCGUUUGACAACAACAGCGAUGUCACCGACAAAAGCUUCUGGCAUUACUGUGGACGACGAUGAUCAGAAAAAGCACACGGAUGACUGGUGGGCAGGCAAUGAGCCUUGUGCAUUACCAAAGCAUGUUCAAGAAGUGGCUUUGAUUCAGUUACGGGAAAAUGAAAGUGCUCGUAAUCAAGCAAUUUCUGCGUUUCGACAGUGGAUAUUAAAAAAUGCGGAUAUUCAAAACGUAAAUACUGAUGAAAACUUUUUGUUACGAUUCUUGCGUACUAAAAAAUUUAGCUUACCGAUGGCUCAACAAAUGCUGCUCAAAUAUUUGAAUCUUCGACAAAGGUUCUCAAUGUACUUCAUGGGACUAGACUGUUUAAUUCCAUCAAUCAACGAACUUAUUGACUCCGGAUAUAUGUUUGUAUCGCCUUUUAGGGAUAACCAUGGUCGGAGAGUUAUUAUUGGUACUGCCAGAGGCUUUGAUCUUCGAAAAUAUAGCAAUAGAGACUUGGGUGUUGUGCAUAUAUUGACCUAUGAGACAUUACUAAACGAUGAAGUCAAUCAGGUCAUGGGAUUCACCCACUUCGGUGAUUUAUACUCCAUAACACCAGCAUAUAUAACUCUGUUCGCUCCUAAUGAAUUCGCCACUCUUAUCAAAUGGGGAGAGCAAUCAAUUCCAAUGAGACAUAAAGCAAUACACUUGUUGAACGUGCCUUUACCGAUCAAGUUUGCUUAUGAUUAUUUCCAAUCAAGAAUAAGCCCAAAACUCAGUGCACGAAUGAAGAUGUACAAUUCACUUUCCGAGUUACACGAAUCACUUGAUAAAAAAGUUUUACCCAAAGAGUAUGGUGGUGAAAUGCCAAUGGCCGAAAUGAUCAGCUUAUGGAAAAAAGAAUUACUGGCGAAUAGAGAAAAAUUAAUAGCGUUGGAUAAUAUGCGAUUAUUAUCAGAUAAAAGCAUUAUAACAAGAAAAACGAAAGCUGAUAUUAAUCAUAAUUUGAUCGCUGGAUUCAAUCAGCUAAGUGGCAGUUUUCGAAAACUGGAAGUAGACUAG